CGCGCACCGGAGGAGAUGAGGCUCCGCAAUGGCACCUUCCUGACGCUGCUGCUCCUCUGCCUGUGCGCCUUCCUCUCGCUCUCCUGGUACGCGGCCCUCGGCGGCCAGAAAGGUGAUGUGGUGGACACAUACCAGCGGGAGUUCCUGGCACUGCGGGACCGGUUGCAUGCAGCUGAACAGGAGAGCCUCAAGCGCUCCAAGGAGCUCAACUUGGUGCUGGAUGAGAUCAAGAGGGCCGUGUCAGAGAGGCAGGCACUUCGAGACCGAGACAGCAAUCGCACCUGGGGCAGACUAACCGAGGACCCACAACUGAAGCCGUGGAACGUCUCGCACAAGCACGAGCUGCACUUGCCUACCAUCUUUCACCACCUGCCGCACCUGCUGGCCAAGGAAAGCAGCCUGCUGCCAGCAGUGCGAGUGGGCCAGGGCCGUACUGGAGUGUCGGUGGUGAUGGGCAUCCCCAGUGUGCGGCGCGAGGUACACUCUUAUCUGACUGACACGCUGCACUCGCUCAUCUCCGAGCUGAGUCCUCAGGAAAAGGAGGACUCAGUCAUCGUGGUGCUGAUUGCAGAGACUGACCCACAGUACACCUCGGUGGUGACAGAAAACAUAAAAGCCUUGUUCCCCACAGAGAUCCAUUCUGGACUACUGGAGGUCAUCUCCCCUUCCCCCCACUUCUACCCUGACUUCUCCCGACUCCGAGAGUCCUUUGGGGACCCGAAGGAGAGAGUCAGGUGGAGGACCAAACAGAACCUCGAUUACUGCUUCCUCAUGAUGUAUGCACAGUCCAAAGGCAUCUACUAUGUGCAGCUGGAGGAUGACAUAGUGGCCAAGCCCAACUACCUGAGCACCAUGAAGAACUUCGCACUCCAGCAGCCCUCAGAGGACUGGAUGAUCCUGGAAUUCUCCCAGCUGGGUUUCAUUGGGAAGAUGUUCAAGUCACUAGACCUGAGCCUGAUUGUGGAGUUCAUCCUCAUGUUCUACCGGGACAAGCCCAUCGACUGGCUUCUGGACCAUAUUCUGUGGGUGAAGGUCUGCAACCCUGAGAAGGACGCGAAGCACUGUGACCGGCAGAAGGCCAACCUCCGAAUCCGAUUCAAGCCAUCCCUCUUCCAGCACGUGGGCACUCACUCCUCACUGGCGGGCAAGAUUCAGAAACUGAAGGACAAGGACUUUGGGAAGCAGGCGCUGAGGAAGGAGCACAUGAACCCCCCCGCUGAAGUGAGCACGAGCCUCAAGACAUACCAGCACUUCACCCUGGAGAAGGCUUACCUGCGUGAGGAUUUCUUCUGGGCCUUCACACCUGCUGCAGGGGACUUUAUCCGCUUCCGCUUCUUCCAGCCACUACGUCUUGAGCGUGUGCUUGGGCAGUUCCCCACCCUACAGCAGCUCAUAGGCCUGCCUGGCUGCAGGUUCUUCUUCCGCAGCGGGAACAUUGAGCACCCAGAGGACAAGCUCUUCAACACUUCUGUGGAGGUGCUGCCCUUUGAUAACCCCCAAUCAGACAAGGAGGCCCUGCAGGAGGGCCGCUCAGCCACCCUGCGGUACCCGCGGAGCCCUGAUGGCUACCUCCAGAUAGGCUCCUUCUACAAAGGUGUGGCAGAGGGAGAGGUGGACCCUGCCUUCGGUCCCCUAGAAGCACUGCGCCUCUCCAUCCAGACAGACUCACCGGUGUGGGUCAUUCUGAGCGAGAUCUUCCUGAAAAAAGCUGACUAGAGGAGGACUUCUGAGGACUGGCUGUGAAGCCCAGGAUACCAGGGAUGUCUUUGCUGCUGCCCUCGGAGGGCCAAAUGUGGCCCACCCAGCCUGAGGGGUUGUUCCUGGCACCUUUCAGCAGCCUGGAAUUGCCACUGGUCCAGAGGCCCCAGGAGCUGGUGCUGCACCCCUGACCAGGCAUCAGGAGGAGGUGGACAUCAGAAGGAGGUGGUGGUCCUCACACUGUGCCUGAGGCAGGCCUGUGCCGCCCUGAACCAUUUGCAGCCGGCCUGUGGGCUUGAGCCAGGCCAUUUUAGAAGAGUUUUUUCCUGGGCACCUGCUCUCUCCAGAGAGAACACUGGAAUGCAUAUACUACUUUAUGUGCUGUGUUUUUUAUUCUUGGAUACAUUUGAUUUUUUUCACUUAAGUCCACAUAUACUUCUAUAAGAGCGUGACUUGUAAUAAAGGGUUAAUGAAGUGUGUGCCUCAU